CUCUGUGCUCCUGCAAUGGCAGCCAUGCUCCUGACGGCCAGACCCAAGGUGCCAGUAUCUUUUGAGGAUGUGUCCGUGUACUUCACCAAGACAGAAUGGAAGCUUCUGGAUCUCAGACAAAGGGUGCUCUACAAGCGAGUGAUGCUGGAGAACUACCGCCACUUGGUGUCACUGGGGUUUUCAUCCUCCAAGCCUCACUUGGUCUCCCAGCUAGAGCGAGGAGAAGGGCCCUGGAUAGCAGGUGUGCACAGGAUGGGGUCCACCACAGUGAUGCAGGCAGGUGACAGGAUGAAGAGCAAGCCAACAACUUCAAAGCAGAAAAAUUGUCCAAAAGAACUUGCAGGGACUGACCUUCAGGGUGGCAACAAGGGCCAUGUAGCCAGGCGGUCAGAGGAAACACUUGAGCACAGACAGAAACAUGCUUGUUGUCCACAGACAGGUUCUGGCAGGGGUGAGCUUCCCAGGGAGAAAGGCCAAGGCAGCUGCCCAGGUGAGGAAAGAGAGAUGCAGAGAAGUAGCUACGGAGGUACGCAGGAUUCAGUUCUAAGGCAGCAGGGCUCCAAAGGUGUGGAGAAGCGGUUCCUGUGUCAGCAGUGUGGAAAAUCCUUCAGCCGGAGCUCCAACCUCAUCAAGCACCGGGUCAUCCACAGUGGCGAGAAGCCCUAUGAGUGUGGCGAGUGUGGGAAGCUCUUCCGGUGCAGCUUUGCACUCCUUGAGCACCAGCGCAUCCACAGUGGUGAGAAGCCCUAUGAGUGUGGCGAGUGCGGAAGGACUUUCACACGCAGCUCCAACCUCAUCAAGCACCAGAUCAUCCACAGCGGUGAGAAGCCCUAUGAGUGUGGCGAGUGUGGAAAACUCUUCCGGCGCAGCUUCGCCCUCCUUGAGCACCAGCGUAUCCAUAGCGGCGAGCGGCCCUAUGCAUGCAACGUGUGCGGCAGGGCCUUCAGCAGGAGCUCCAACCUCAUUGAGCACCAGCGCACGCACAGCGGCGAGAAGCCCUACAUGUGCAGCCAGUGCCCAAAAGCCUUCAAGGGCAUCUCCCAGCUCAUUCACCACCAGCGCAUCCACAGCGGGGAGAAGCCAUUCGAGUGCAAGGAAUGUGGGAAGGCCUUCAGGGGGCGCUCGGGCCUCAGCCAGCACCGGCGGGUUCACAGUGGUGAGAAGCCCUACGAGUGCAGCGAGUGUGGGAAGACCUUCAGCCGGCGAUCAAACCUCUUCAAGCACCAGGCAGUGCACCGCGAGGAGAGACCCUGCGAGUGUCAGGACUGCGGGAGGGCUUUCCACAGCAGCUCCGUCCUGCUGGAGCACCAGCACACCCACGGCAGCCUUCGGCCCUGUGCCUGCGGCCACUGCAGCCACUGUAGCCAGGCCUCCAAGGGGAAACCACAGCUCAGCCGGCAACCAAAAAUUCGCCGUGAAAGUAAGCUCUCAGAGGAGAGUGACUUGGAAAAGGCACCAGCCUGCCUGGCCCUCAGAAGAGCCACUGCGGAGCCCCGCACCAAGGACGAGAAAUGCUGUCCAGACUCCACCCACGCCACCGCCCCCAGUGCCGUCUGA